AGAAAGCCAUCGAAGAGCGAUGCAUUUGGAGUUAGGAGGGUGGUCUAGAUUUUCCAGGGUAUUACAUUUUUAAAUACAACGACUUUAUGACACGCGAGCACAUCUGGAACGGAACCCAAGUACGCCGGAAGGAUAGGUAUGGAAUCCGUUCUCCGGAUAAGAACUCCAUACGGAAAGACGCACGCGUAUCGAGGGCAGGGGCCGGCGCGUGUUCAAAGCAUUGGACAGGGUGUUGUGAGAAUCGGUCGGUCCUCAAGGCUCGGAGGGGCGUGUCGCCGCUGUUGGACGAGAUGGACAGGCGGUACGCUUGUGCUGCAGCCGGGCUUUUGAUGGUGCUUGCCCCGAAAGCUUUGGUGGUGGUGGAACGGAGGGCCGGGUGUCACACGCAUGUACGCUGCGGCUACAGAGAAGUGUCGCCGAGGAUGGGAGAAUCUGCAGCCCCGGACAGAUUUCUGUGUAGCAAGCACCCACUUUUGCCAACCGUCCCCAACCCCUGAAACCAAUCAGCGUCUAGAGUUGCACCCCGUGCCUUCAACAAGGGAGCUGAGCACGCGACCGCUUCCCGACUCCCUCCCCAGGCACCGCCCCUCCCGUCUUUUUUGACCAUGGGUUUGCGGGUGACCUAGCUGAGGUGUGCUUUCAAUGUCGGUCGCAAUGUCUCAACUCUGGUCCUCCCUUGCCCGUGCCCGCCGCGGCGAAAGGAAAACGGCCCCAAUCCUCCAUCUCCCUUCGCCUU